AUGCCCACCAAGCGCUCAUCGAUUCAGAAAGUCCUAGAGUACCUGCAACAGGUAUUCAAAAAGACCGGCAACAUACAAGUAGCCCUGUCAGUAACGCCGAACCCAGCGAAGCAAACCAUUGAAACCGCACACAUUGACAGUCCCACAGAUGCACAGGAUGCCUCGAAAUGUUUCACAUCAGAAAACUGCUAA